GACGUUGUUGAGCCCCUCCCCGCGGGGUACGCAGCAACGGAGCCAGCCAGCCAGCGCAAGGGAGUGUGUUCUAUUUGAGGGAUCAGCGUGUUGCACGCUGCAGGUCUCGUCGGCCCCAGCUGCUGCUGCUCAUUGAUCACGCUUGUCCGCGUGGGAGCUCACUCACUCACUCAACUCACUAACUCGUUCACUGACUCUCUCUCUGUCUCUCUCUCGUUCACGCCCACGCCCGCGCGCUCAUCAUUUCUGUCCAAGAUCUAGCUUCGAAUCAGUCUACUUUAGGGUCUCUCUCUCAUGCCCCUCCUCCUGCUCAGCCCUGCUAGUUCGACGAGUUUGUUUAUCUGCUCCUCGCUUUUUUCACUUGUCUCAAUCAUAAACAACGUAAUUUGGUGGUGUAAUCCGAGGAAAUGUCCGGUCACCGACAAGAUAGUGUUGGGUGGAAGUGAAGAGAGGUGGGUAGGGCGGGAGGGAGAGAGAGAGAGAGAGAGGGGGGAGUAUUUGGCCAUGCUGUGAACGAGCCGUGUGCAGAUGCUAGCCACUGAUGAGGAUUUUUUUUUGAUGCGAAAUGGGGGAGAGUGAUUUUUGAUGAGGAAGCCAUGUUCUGAGUGGGUAUGGAAGAGAACAACGUGAGGUUGUGAGGCUUGUGGAUUAGCGAGAGUUGGGUUGUUAUUCCGGGAAAUCGCAGCUGAGGUUAGGUGAGAGGAGAGUGAGAAAGGGAGCUGAGCGAGGGGUGGCACAAUGUGUAGUAGCAUGGUGUGGAAUUUUGGCGACGAUUGAGGACAUGCAGAGGAUUAGAGUGGUUCCUCCCCGCGGUUUGUUUCAUGUUCGUGUGGACCGAACAGGCAUCUGAGCCAGGAUGUGGGCGCGCUUGUCUUAGAAGCGCGUUUUUGAGCUUCGAAGUGCUGUCACAAAUUCUUUUCGUCAAGUGUUUUGAUCAUGGACCCGGAGCGUGCAAGCUCUCAGCAAAGCUCGAUUGGAAGAUUCGAGUGGCGAUCGGUGAUGCAGUACACUGAGAGAGCUUCUAUUGCAGUGCUUCUGACUCUUGCAUAUCAAAGCUUUGGGGUGGUAUAUGGAGACCUCAGUGUCUCCCCUCUUUACGUUUUUCGCGCUACAUUCGGAGACACUCUGCGGAAUGAUGUCGAAGAGCGCGAGAUCAUGGGCGUACUGUGUUUCAUCUUUUGGACGCUCACCCUGAUACCGGUUAUCAAAUAUUCUUUUAUUGUUCUUAGUGCCCAUGACAAUGGGGAAGGAGGGACCUUUGCGCUUUAUGCUUUACUGUGCCGGCAUUUGAAGCUCAGCCUAAUUUUGAACCAGCAAGCAGCUGAUGAAGAGCUUUCGUCGUAUAAGUUGGAACAACCUACUACGUCACCAAGAGGGGUUUGGUUCAGGCACCUGCUUGAGAAGCAUAAGUUCCUGCAAAAUGGACUCCUCAUUGUCGUGUUGCUGGGAACUUGCAUGGUCAUUGGAGAUGGCGCUCUCACCCCUGCUCUUUCAGUCUUAUCGGCGAUAUCGGGCAUUCGGGUCGCUGCCCCCCACCUCCACGAGAAUGUGACGGUGGCAGUCGCUUGCUGUAUUUUGGUCCUCCUUUUCGGACUUCAGCACAUGGGUACACGUCGUGUGUCACGUUUGUUCGCGCCCAUUAUACUUGCGUGGCUUCUCUGCAACGCGAGCAUUGGCAUGUACAAUUUGAUCACUUGGAAUCCAAGUAUACUAAAAGCCCUUUCUCCAUAUUACAUGUACUACUUUUUCAAGAUGGAUGGAAAGGAGGGCUGGAUUGCUCUUGGGGGUGUACUCCUCUGUAUCACAGGAGCCGAGGCAAUGUACGCAGACUUAGGUCACUUUUCCCGCAAAUCUGUCAAGCUCGCGUUUGUGGGAGUUGUGUACCCGUCUUUGUUGAUUGGAUACAUAGGGCAAGCUGCCUAUCUCUCCAAGCAUCUUAACGAAGUCGAUCAUGCAUUCUUCAAGUCCGUUCCAAGACCUGUCUUCUGGCCAGUGUUUGUAGUUGCCACAUUAGCCUCAAUCGUAGGAAGCCAAGCAGUCAUAUCCGCAACAUUUUCCAUUAUAAAUCAGUGCAUGGCACUGGGUUGCUUCCCUCGCGUCAAAGUGGUUCACACCUCUAACCAAGUUUAUGGACAAGUCUACAUACCAGAGAUAAACUGGAUCAUGUUCAUCCUAUGUCUGACUCUCACUAUUUCUUUCCAGAACACCAUUGACAUUGGGAACGCCUACGGGAUUGCUGUGAUCAUAGUGAUGCUAGUGACCACAUUUCUGAUGACACUAGUCAUAAUAACAGUGUGGCAAUGCAGCAUAUUCUGGGCCUUGUGCUUCUUUGCCGUGUUCGGCUGUAUUGAGCUCCUUUAUCUCUCUACCGCCUUCUUUAAAGUCCCCAAGGGAGGCUGGGUUCCUCUUGUGCUCGCCGGAGUUUUCAUGUCCAUCAUGUACGUGUGGCAUUACGGCACCACAAAGAAGUACGAAUACGACUUCCAGAACAAGGUGUCAAUGAAGUGGCUAUUAAAUCUCGGCCCAAGCCUGGGAAUUGUUCGUGUCCCCGGGAUAGGAUUGAUCUACACCGACCUUGUGAGUGGGGUCCCGGCCAUCUUCUCCCACUUCGUCACCAACUUGCCGGCCUUCCACGAAGUGCUAGUUUUUGUUUGUAUGAAAUCUGCACCAGUGCCGUAUGUUUCUCAGCACGAACGCUACUUGAUUGGCCGUAUUGGCCCAAAGAAUUACCAUAUGUACAGAUGUAUUGUACGUUACGGUUAUAAAGACGUGCGCAGAGACGAGGACGACUUUGAGAAUCAGUUGAUAGCCAAUCUCGCCGAGUUUAUUCAGCGUGAGGAGGCUACGUCCAGCAAUGAGCACUCCUUCGAAGGGGACCGACACUUGGCCGUCAUGGGCACCACCCCUGGGUUGCUUUUCAACAGCCUCUCAGACAGAAGAGAGGAAAGCAUCAAAUCCAGUGUCAUCUCAAAUAACGGAGAUUCCUUGCAGUUACAGGAGUGGUUAUCAUCAUCCCCUAGGCCGAUCCACAAGAGGCGGGUGCACUUUGAUAUUCCCAUGAGCGAGGCGCACCACAGCACAGAUGUUCGGAAGGAGCUCUCGGUUCUUGCAAAAGCAAGGGAGGCUGGUCUUGCAUAUAUGAUGAGCCACUCAUACGUGAAAGCUAAGAAAUCGUCGAACUUUCUGAAGAAGUGUGCCAUAGAUUACAUGUACACAUUUUUGCGGAAGAAUAGUCGGGACCCAGCUGUUGUUCUCAACAUUCCCCAUACCAGUCUCAUCGAGGUGGGCAUGUUUUACUAUGUAUAGAGGUUUUGGUGGAGUUGUAUAGGCAUGAUGAGGAAGUAGAAAUGAGAAAUUUCACCCGUUGCGGUGGCAAAAGAUUUUUCGGAGGAGGUAGUGUAACAUAUUUUUUGAUGUACGUGUCGGAGAGUCCAGAGCAAUUUGAAAUGGCGGAAUUCCCCCGCAUGACCAACCAUGUAAAAACAGCUAUCGAUCAUAACUUGUUUGGUGAAUGUCUUACCGAACCUGUUGAGAUUCGUUGAAUUGACGAAAAAAUUACAAAGCAUGAAUGCAUCGCCUGCGUUGUCGGGUAGUUAUUAUUUGA